GCGAGAUUGAAAGUUUUCGGAAGUUUUGCAACUUAAUUUUUGACUUCGGGGUCGGGGGUCUGCUGCAUUCUGACUGUGGUUGUGCAGGGAAAGCUACACAUCGGCGCACAGCUUUGGAACAACAUGUUCGGCACGUUUGUAUCAUUCAGCAUUAUCCAUGGGUCCCUGAGUUGACCCUGAUAACUAGCUAGUACAAGGACUCCGUCAAAGCAAUUAAUACGAAGACACUGGGGGUUCGACGCUGCCUCGGUUUCAAACAGAAGCAAGGUGGUGGGAGUAGGUCCUGGUUUCACCUCUUCAGUGGUAGGUCUGCAUCUAGCUAGUCCGCAAGAGAGAAUUGGAUUAAGUUCUAGUAAGUUUGGAUUAUUUUCAUUCAUACCGUAGCAUAUCAAUCAUUGCACCUCCCAGCGCUUGCACUAGGUUGUUGCUUGUUGCUGCCCGAGCAGGAAGUACCAGGUACCGGUACGUAACAUGUCGCUACAACCCUGCAGCCAACACGACUUUGACUUUGGAUGGGAGGAAAGCAACCCGUGCUAUUAUACCGGCACAUACCACCGAAUCAUGGUACCACCGUGACAAGUGGAGACCUUGAGGUUCAUCCAAAUAAUUUUAAGCUCGUGCCUUGUGGUCAAGUUUCCCAGGAUCUUCGAAACACAUGAGAUCCAAUGUUCCAGUUCACGCAAGGAAAACAACAAAGACACUUUGUUAAUGCCCAAGCUCCCGUAUCUCGCAUCAAAUGAAACGAGAGUUCUCGCUGUACGUUUUGCCAGGCACCAAAUCGUACCGUAACACGUAUUUCCAUCAUUAGAUUUCUCGAGCUCCCUGGUUGUGGCUGUGCCCAUUUUUCUUUGCGCAGGACUGUACUAUUGUAGCGGCGGGCUGCCCUGCAUUGAGUGGGACCCUGAAGCACCCAGCCCUCCACAGUUGUAUAUCCAGUAACCAUCAGUCCACUGAAGUCUCAACGUCUGAAGCUAUCUUGGUGGAAGGCUCACAAUAUCACAAAAUUCAGAAUUUGCUUGAAAAUCUACGCAAUGAUUGACGACAAGCCCCAAAGCGACGCAGCAGUCGUCGUUGACAGCCACGUUUCCAAGGUUGUGGAUCCAGAGUCCGAUCUGGAUUUGGAGAGCACGCCGCAGCUCGAAGAAGAUGCCGGACCAGGUAGUUGUAGAACUCGCUGCUGUACCGAAUGGGGUUCUGCCUACUAUCCUGGAUGGUUCAGCAUUCACGAAGGCCAGAAGACUGUGGAUGUACCCGCAUCCUUUGGUCCCACGUUGGUGGGCUCGGGUCAUCAAUAUUUGUUUCUUUGGUUUGACCUGUUGCGUGUUGCUUCGAAAGUUUCUCACAGUGACACUGCUGCCUUCUUCUUGGCUUACUUGACGCACUGGGGUAUGAUCAUUGCCAGCCUCUAUUUCCUGAUGUCCUUCAUCAACAGCAUCAUGCCUCCCAAACAACCUUCCAAUCAUUCCGAUUCCGUUUCUCUCUGGGUUAAGAUCAGCUGGAUAAUGUUUGAAGUUGCUGCAAACCUGACCUUCCUGGUGACGCUGAUGUGGUGGAGCUUCCAGUACAAACCCGGCGAUACGGAGGUGACAUUCGAACGCGUCUACAUGCACGGUGUGGUCAUGGUCUUUGUAUGGGUCGAAGGAUUGGUCAUCAACCGCACCCCCGUUCGAUUGAAGCAUCUACCCCUGUACAUGCUUAUAGCCGGGAUAUAUGAAGCAUGGCUUGUGAUUCAUCAACUGGCAACGGAUAUUGGUGACCCCACCCGAUCUGACAAUGAUCCUACUACCGACGAUGACCUGCUCUAUACAGCUAUCAACUUUGAAGAUACGCCUGUGCACUCUUCCAUUCUCAUGGCUAUGGUUCUCUUUCUCUUUGUGCCAUUGGUUCAUUGCCUCUUAUGGGCGGCAUCCGUGUGGAGUUGCCCGUGCAGCUACAGCGGACUGAACAGGAGAUACAUCUCGGUCAAUUCGGGCUCAGAUUAGAAGGCACUAUCUCCUGGUGGCGACACAGCAGAGUCUGUAACAGGGACAGUGGACAACAUCAACGCGUAUGAUGUAUAAGCCAGCCCAAAGACAGAUGUGGCUUCAAAUCUCUUUUGGGCUAUUGAUGAACACAGGCAUUACUUUGUAGCGCAUACCGUCGGUGCAUAUUGUAGACAGUAAAUCUAGCUAGAUACAACAACGACAGAAGUAGC